GCUCACUCUGUUUAUGCUUAUGUAUUGCUCACUGAUGUUUUAUGCACAGAAAUAUGCAAGCUCAUAAAAGGAUAGCUGGGAAAGCGGAACAAGGAUAAUUUUGACGUGUAUGUAAGAAAAAAGUGUUGUGCAAGUGCAAAUUGUGCAAAAAAUGGAAAUUGAAAAUGAGCCUCAGAAAUGUACGCUCGAUUUAUCAAAAAAAUGUCUCAAAAAGAUACCCAAAACAGACGACGCCCAGCAAUUCAAAGUGUUGAUUUUAGAUGACAAUGAGCUGCAGAAAAUCGACAAUAUCGAUUCCUAUCUCAAAAUCGAAAAGUUGUCUCUGUGCAAGAAUCAGCUACUGCGGAUGUAUGGCGUCUGUCGACUGCACUGUCUGCGAGAAUUGAAUCUCUCAUAUAAUGGCAUUCUUACAAUUGAAGGUUUAAAAGACUUGAACCAAUUGACACAUUUGAAUUUGGAAGGAAAUAAUAUCAAAACAAUUGAACAUUUGAAUACGAACACUCAUUUGGAAUAUCUCAACUUGUCGGAGAAUAGUAUUGCGAUAAUUUCAGAUAUCUCAUUUUUGAAAAACUUGAAGGAACUUUACAUGAAUGGAAACCGAGUAGCACAUUUGAGACAGUGUGACAAAUAUUUGCCUCAGUCACUGGAGACACUAACCCUGUCGAAAAACAACAUUUCAGAUUUGAAUGAAAUUUGUACAUUGAGCCAUUUGAAUAAUCUCAAUAGUAUUACAAUAGCGGACAACCCAUGUGUUCAAAUGACAGGAAAUUCAAUUGGUUUCGAUUAUCGUCCCUUUGUACUGAAUUGGUGCAUGAGUGUCAAGAUGAUCGAUGGAUUUGUUGUGACAGCGAUCGAAAGUCUCAAAGCAGAAUGGCUGUACAGUCAGGGUCGGGGACGUCAGUUUCGAAUUGGAGAUCAAACGGCCUUAGCACGAUAUCUGAGUACGGUCUGCCCCUUAUCUGGUGAAGCUUUGGAGAACGAGAAUGAACGCAAGUUAAGGUUAAUUCUGAGCAAAGCACAGCAGCAUCAGCGCCAACUGCAGGAACAAAAUUCGAGUGGGGAUGGAUCCGUUACGCCGGUGAAUAAUUCACCAUCGUCUCUGAGAAGGAAAGGUCAAAGUAGAAUACAAUCACCCAGAGUUACGCGUCUUAGCGGAAGGCAAAGCUCGCCUGAUACUAUGUCCAGCAGCUAUCACGGCAAUACAUCUAACAAUUUGAUGAAUUCCAGUCAGAUUGAUAAUUCUGGUAAUAGCCAGCUGUUUGAAUUGACCAAAUCAUUGAUCGAUAAUAUUACUUCGGAUAACAUCAUGUCUCAAAGUUUGGAUCCGAAUAUGCUUAAUAGUGGGAGUUCAGCAAACAACUCAAUGAAUGCAUCAAUGCAUGAAAGCAUCGUACUGUCAAAGCAGUCCAAUGCAAAUUUGUACAACGAUCAACCACCAGCGACACCUGUAAUUAUGGGAGGGCCAUUGGCCGCCGCUUCAAAAAUGGUACCAGUGCCGGAGUCGUUGAUGAGUCCUGACUGUGUACCGACGACUUCGCCAGCAACGAUAGUACAGCGAAAUUUGCAGCAUUGCGCUAGUCAGCCACAACCGCAAACACCUCAGAUUCCUAAAGCUAUUAAAACCAAAGAUAACACCCGUACUGCGGGAACUCCAGUGAGUGCCGGAAAAACAUCGAGCCCACGACCAACUAAGCGUAGUACUUCGACGAACAACAGCACCAGUAACAGCGUAAGCAGCGAGCGUUCCUCUCCUUCGCUGUCACCUCGCAAAACAAUGAUCAACAUCAGUAACAAUCAUUCGAGAACUCUGUCAGCCCAAUCGAAACCAUCGACACAUGGCACUCCGCCGGAUGGUUGCUCCAGCAGCGCGGUUAGUUCGGAUGAGGAUAGUGAAACCAUCAACAUUGAUAAAUUGAAAACUAUACGUAAUAAGGCAGCUCAGCAGACUGGUCAUGUUUUUCCCAAAGCUAAAGAGAAAAGCAGUGUAGAUGGUGCGAUUAGUGUCAAUAAUAAAACCACCGAAAAUUCUGCAAUAUUGAUUCAAAAAAUAUGGCGAGGCUAUCAGACAAGAAAACGUGGCCAAACUAUUGCCAAAGUUUUGCAGAAGAAACGAACUCAGGAUUAUAUUUUGAAACUAACCAAAGAUAUGGAAAUGACUAAGACGGCAUUGGAGAAUGAACGCAAAAUACAGCAGUUGCAAAUGCAGGCCAUCAAUGCUCUUUGGAAAAAAGUUUCCGCUAUGCAACCGACACAAUCGGCAAACGGAACAACGGAUACAAUGAAGCUUGAUGUCAUCAACAAUGAAAACAGCUCGGUGUUGGUGGUUCAAGAUUUGACAAAGACGUGCUCGAUGCUAAUGAACCAAGUUCAGCAGUUACAAACAUCUGUUCGUGAUAUUGUAAAUUGUAUGCAAUUCUUUGCUAACGUUCCUCAAGGAGGUUUAAAUAUGUCGUCAACAAACGAUUCCGCCGUAAAUUCCAAGGAUAGUUGUGAAACGCAAACUGAAAUAGUAGCUGUUCACACUCCACAGGUCGAACAGCUACCUGCUUUUCCGUUUAAAUCGUCGUCGGGUAAAUUGACUAGACCGUCAUCACUGCCGAUUAGUUCUUCGGAGACUUCUCCGAAAAUUACGUCGCAGGACGGUAAACCCAUAAUCGAGGAAGAGGAUGUGGAUCCGAAAGAAGAUGACGUGGUGGAAGAGGUCGUUGUGGAAAUAGAAGCAGACCCCGGAGAUUUAGAGGAGAAUGAUGACGGCGAGCAGAAAGAACAGGACGAGAGGGAAUUGGAAAUUAAAAGUGAAGUUCUGGUAGCAACGAACUAACUGUAAUGUUGUGUUAACUUGGUUGAAUGAAGACACGAUGUGUACGUUUUGUAAAUGGCUUUUAUAAGUUUAAACUCACUUUUAAUUAUGUUCUAUUUUUGUUAUUUAAUUUUAAGAGGAAAUGUUACACGCACUGAUAUUCAGUAUCUUAACAAAAGUAUGACUAAAACCACAUUCUAAAAUGAAUCGCAAAGAUAAACUUCUAUUUGCUUUGGAAGGUUGUAAGAUUUUUGCAAAUAUUUUCUAUUUAAACCAUUAUUUCAUCAUUCCACGAACUACUAGACUACUGGCGCGUCGCUCGUCAUUAUGAUAUCGGGAGCACGAAAACAAGUCUGAUCGAUGCUAUACUAUAGAACAACAAGUCUGUGUUCUACUCAUCGGUGUUAUGUUAUGUUUUCAGGGUAAUACUUUUUCUAUUGUAAUGGUUCCCUACGCCAAGAACCAGUGACUCGAUGUUGACGUUGCUUUAUAAUCGUUGGCUGUUUUAUUUCACUAUUGCUGACUGCAUAAUGGAAAAAAAUAUUGAAAAUUCACGGAAUUUCAAAGCCUUAUACAUUUUAUUUGAGUACUGAUAGAAAUAUUUCCACAAAUAUGGUAAUAAACUAUACUGUCGUGAUUUGAGAAUACAUUCCGUGUACAUCAGAGUUUAACCAGAAAAGGGGUGCAGUACACGACACUUUACAAAGUUUUAUCUAUACAGCGGCGGUAGGCUUCGAAUAACAAACAAAUUUUAUUAAAAAACAUCCCAAUUUCACUCAUAACAGUAAUCAAUGGGAGUCUCAUUCUUCGUGCAAUUUAUUCCAAGUAGCUUUGACGUAGAUAAUCUAUACAAAAAGUGCAUUUUCUCUGUUCUUUGUAAAGCUGUUAGAAGUAGUAUUGAUCAAUAAGCAAGAAUGAAGAUAUAUGCUUUAAUAGCUUUAUCAAUAGUUUAUUAUAGUAUAAAAAUCAGAAAAUAACGCUAGUAAAAUGAACAUUUCUGCAUACAUUUUAAAGUUUUCGAAAAAUGCACGAAAAAAAUCAAACAUAUUUUAAUUAUUUAUUCCGA